UAAAUAAGUAGUGAAGCCCCGUAGAAGACAAGAAGGGAGGAAAAAGAAACACCGUAUCCAUGGAUUUCCUAACAUUUUUGCUCCUUCUUUUGUCGAUAAUAUGGAUAUGGAUUCUUUUCCAAACAUUAAAUUCAAAGCAUCAGAAAUCCGACAAGCUCCCGCCGGGGCCAUAUCCUUUUCCGAUCAUUGGAAACAUGCUAGAACUCGGCAAGAAACCCCACCAGUCACUGGCCAAACUCUCCAGAACCUAUGGACCCUUAAUAUAUCUUAAAAUAGGGUGUCUUGAUGUUGUAGUUGUUUCAUCACCAGAAAUAGCCAAAGAUGUAUUGCAAAAAUACGAUCAAGUCUUCUCCAGCAGAAAUCCUCCUAGUGCAGCCAUGGCAAAAGAACACGACAAACUUUCUAUGGUGUGGUUGCCCGCGGAAAAUCAAUGGCGUAAACUUCGCAGAAUAUGUAAAGAACAAAUGUUUUCAACGCCUCGGCUUGACGCAAGUUGGGACCUUCGCCAGGAAAAGUUGCUGAUACUGAGUGAUUAUGUAAAUCAGUGUAGUGUUAAUGGGCGGGCUGUUAAAAUUGGUGAAGCUGCUUUAAUCACAUCAAUUAAUUUGAUGUCAGCAACUCUUUUUUCAGUUGAAUUUGCAGAUUUUAACUCUGAUUCUUCUCAAGAGUUUAAGGAAGUUGUAUGGGGUGUGAUGGAAUGUGUUGGAACUCCUAAUAUUGCAGACUAUUUUCCAGUUCUCAAAUAUUAUGAUCCGCAAGGAAUUUUGCGCCGGAACAAGGUUUAUUUUGAUAAGUUGUUUGCAAUAUUCGAUGGCAUAAUAGAUGAACGGUUGAAAUCGAGAGGCACAACAGUGAAAAAUGAUUUACUGGACGCUCUCCUUGAUCUCAACCAAAAAUUUGAGCCUGAAUUAAGCCGAGAUGAUAUAAAGCAUCUUCUUCUGGAUUUAUUUAUUGGUGGGGCAGAUACAACUUCAAGUACAGUUGAAUGGGCAAUGACAGAGUUAUUGCGCACCCCUAAGAAGAUAAUAAAAGCGAGAAAUGAGCUAAGGGAUGUAAUUGGAAUGAAGAGUCUAAUUCAAGAAUCAGACAUUUCAAGACUCCCAUAUUUGCAGGCUGUGGUGAAAGAAACCUUUAGGCUCCAUCCUGCUGCCCCCCUUCUAGUACCUCGUAAAUCUGAUGACAAUGUAGAGAUCAAUGGCUACUUGGUCCCUAAAAAUGCACAAAUUCUAGUUAAUGUAUGGGCGAUCGGUAGAGAUUCAAACAAUUGGUUGAGUCCAGAUUUGUUUAUGCCUGAAAGAUUUUUAGACAUCAAAACUGAUUUUCAAGGUCAAGAUUUCGAGCUCAUUCCUUUUGGUGCUGGGAGGAGGAUAUGCCCUGGUUUGCCAUUGGCCCGUCGGAUGGUGCACCUCAUGCUAGCCACUUUGAUAUGUAACUUUGAAUGGAAACUUGAAGGGGGAUUAAAACUGGAAGAAACAGACAUGACAGAGAGAUUUGGAAUUACUCUACAGAAGGCCAUUCCUCUCGAGGCUUUUCCUAUCAAAUUGUGAGCUUCCGGAUGCAUCCAUGAAGAUUGUUCCACUUGAGCAAUAUAGAAAAUUAAUUCGUAAACACUUUUAUAUAUAUUUAUAUAAGUUGAACAUUGCUUUUUACUUGUUUUUACUUUUUACAGUACUGUUGAAGAAAUGAAAAUGUUGUACAAUAAUGAACAAGCAUUGGUCAAGAAUUUGAUCCGUGUGCGUGCUUACCUUGAGCGUGUAAGAGUUCGUAACUGAUUUAUAUGGUUGAGAAGCAAAAAUAUAUUGCAUGUU